CCGCAUCCACCAGACUCGCCCCGGUUCGCCCUCUGUCCGUGUCGCACUGCAGAGCCGAACCCUGUAACCACCGCUACCACCACACCCACAACACACACACCUCGUGCUUUAUUAAUUAUCCCUGCCGUGGUAGUGAUGCGUCUCAGCAUCGCUUCCGCGCUGUUACCCCGGAUCCAAAGGUCGCUGCUGCACACGGGAAGAACAGCGCUCAGCAUGCCCAUCAAGGUAGGAGAACGACUGCCCAGCGUGGAGCUGCAGGAAGGCCAGCCCGGCAACACGGUCAACGUUGCCAAGCUCUUCUCUGGGAAAAAAGGAAUCCUCUUUGCCGUACCCGGGGCUUUCACUCCUGGCUGCUCAAAGACCCACUUGCCGGGCUACAUCGCCAAGGCUGAGGAGCUCAAGUCGAAGGGGAUCGACGUGAUCGCCUGCGUGGCCGUCAAUGACGUGUUUGUGAUGACCGCGUGGGGCGACGCGCACAACGCAGCCGGAAAGGUGCAGAUGUUGGCCGAUCCUACUGGAGCAUUCGCAAAGGCUGUCGACUUGGUGAUUGACAAGGAGCCACUCAUCUCGAUCCUGGGAAACAAACGCUCGCAGAGGUACUCCAUGCUCGUUGAGGACGGCGUCGUCAAGCAGCUCAACGUGGAGCCAGACGGAACGGGUCUCACCUGCAGCCUAGCCGAGGGCAUACUUUCCCGCAUGUAGGCCGACCGAUGCUGUCAUCCCUGGCGCCCUGGAGCCAGCCCAUCGCCUCCAUACAGGAGGGGUUCCAAGGUUCUGGUCUCAAUGUGUGAGCACUUGCUUUUGCCCGUUUUGUUAUCCCGAUUUACUCGACGAUAGGAUUCUGCUUGCUGUUGAUGUUGUCUGUAAGCAGCUGCCGUGCACGCUCAGGUGUACCGAGGAUGCACUUGCCUUGGAAAUUAAGACAUAGAGUAAAACCUCGUAUUGCGAGCAUAAUUCGUUCCGGAAACGUGCUUGUAAUCCCAAAGCACUCGUAUAUCAAAGCGAAUUUCCCCAUAAGAAAUCAUGGAAACUCGGAUGAUUCGUUCCACAACCCAAGCAUAUUCAUGUAAAAAUUAUUAAUACAAAAUACCUUUUUAUAUUUAUAUUAUUUAAAUUUAAUAUAAAGUAAUCAAAUUUAUUAAUUACAUUUAAUCUUGGCUGGUGUGAGGGAGAUGAGAGAGAGGAGAGGAGGAGGGGGCCAUUGUUGCAAUACAGUUACUAAAGAACAGUCACUACACUUGGACACAAAUUAAAAAAAUGCUUUACGCACACACUCGUGGGCACAACACUACAGUAAACAGUAUACGCUCGCACGGAUGUUGACUAUACAAGUGAGGCACGCCGACUGAGACCGAGCAUGGGAGACGAUUACCCACAAUCCCGCAGCGAGAGAGAGAAGAACCAUCGGCUCAGUUGUGAUCACGUGACGCUCGGCAGACAAAGCGUAUACUGUGCGUACUACUCGUAUUGCAAGACCUCGCUCGUUUAUCAAGUUAAAAUGUAUCAAAAAAGUUUGCUCGUCUUGCAAAACACUCGCAGACCAAGUUCCUCGCAAUCCAAGGUUUUACUGUAAUUGGGUACAUUUGACAUUGGUGCCAUUCUCGUAGUGUUCAAGGCUACCGUCACCAGUGAAAUGUUACUGAUACGGAUAGUGUUGAAACACUUUGUUUAAGGUUUCAAAGACAGGGUAUCAGUUGGAUAAAUUAAUAAAAUUUUAACAUUUGCUCAUGAAUGCUGCAAGAAUUAACAAACAACGCGAUGUACAACGGUAAAUGUGCAUAUCCUCCAUGCAAUACGCACAAGUGUUGCGUAUGAGCUAGCUGUAUUAGGUCAAUAUCAAGGUAAAAUAUCAAGGUAAAAUGUAUGCAAUGCUUAAGAGGGUGAUUUUAUAAAUGAAUUGUGCUGUCUGGUCUUGUAUCGCAUUAAGUCAAAACGGGAUGCUUGAAAUGCACUUGAAUAAAAUGAAAUGCUCA